AUGCACACCCAUUGCGAUAAUAUCCUGAAAAUAAUGCCCUCAGCUGUGGAUCAGGCGAUCAACUCUGGUGGAGGACAGGCUGUUGUGGUGGAGGACAGGCUGUUGUGGUGGUGUGUGUGGUGUGUGGGGAUGUGUGGGGAUGGCAUCAAAUGCACAAAUAGAACAAUGAAAGCGGUUGUGAUCGAGAAAAUAGCUGUUGUGGUGGUGUGUGUGGUGUGUGGGGAUGGCAUCAAAUGCACAAAUAGAACAAUGAAAGCGGUUGUGAUCGAGAAAAUAUGGACGGCCCGCCCGCCCGCCUAUUCUUUACUCUAUAAAAAAAGCAUUGAACAUAACGUUAUCUCCAAUUGGAAAUCCAGUGCUAACACAGUCGUUUGCGAGUAUUGGGAGUAUUGGGAGACCACAGAUAACAGGCUAACACACACUCUAAGCUCUGUGGAGCGCAAAACACCUCUUUUCUACUCUAAAGCCUCUAUAGGGAUCACCAAACAACUCAAUGCUGCAUAUCACUAA